ACUCCAAUUUUGUGUUUUUAAAAAAAGCUCUCUCUCUCUCCCGCACUAAUUUUAAGCAUCCGGCUCUCUCGUUUUCAGUAGUAGAUAUGGCUGGUAAAGGUGGGAAAGGGCUUAUUGCUGCAAAGACGAUAGCAGCUAACAAGGACAGUGGUAAGAAGAAAUCCAUCUCUCGCUCUUCUCGUGCUGGUAUCCAGUUUCCAGUGGGUCGUAUUCAUCGUCAACUCAAGCAAAGAGUUUCAUCACAUGGAAGAGUUGGUGCCACUGCUGCUGUCUACACAGCAUCAAUUCUAGAAUACUUAACUGCAGAAGUUCUUGAGUUGGCUGGAAAUGCGAGCAAGGAUCUCAAAGUGAAGAGAAUUACUCCAAGGCAUUUGCAGCUUGCAAUCAGGGGAGAUGAAGAGCUUGACACUCUCAUCAAAGGAACCAUUGCUGGAGGAGGUGUCAUCCCUCACAUCCACAAGUCCCUUGUCAACAAAGUCACCAAGGAUUGAUUUUUUCUCUCAAAUCCUAAUUCUCGAUUUACUAUGUGCUUGGUUAGUUAUAUUUACCUUUUGGUGCUCUGUUUAGGAGAGAGGAUUUUAGUUUAUUGAUCUAGUUUGAUUUCUUAUGGAUGUCCUCAAGUGUAUAUGAGUUCAUUUUAACUCUUCGGUCUCUCUCUCUAGACUCAUACUUUUGUGAUCUU